AGCUCAUCUCAGUUAGCUUGUGUUCAUUACAGCUGCUUAUCCACCGCUGUCAACCCACCCGUUCAUUAAUGACCCUUUAAAAAUGUAGCUUGCGUUUAUAUAUUUGUCUUCAACCAUCACUGCAAACGAUAUCUGUCAGGUUUUGACAGAGAGUCAAAUGCAUCAGAAGUCAGAAGGUGGACCUGGUCCAUCUCAGAAAGAGCAUGAUGCUGCCAAAAUAGCGAAACACUUCAGUGGAGGAUUUUUUAUACACUUGAAUACCCAUUAAAUGCUUCUCUUUACUUCCACUUUCUUAGGCUAGUGUUUUGAUCUUAGUCUCCCCAGUAAACAACACUAAGUUGUGUCCCAUUAAUAAUGCUGUUCUCUCUGCGAGAGCUAGUGCAAUGGCUGGGCUUUGCCACAUUCGAGCUGUUCCUCCACUUGGGCGCGCUGCUGGUCUUCAGCGUGCUGGUGGCCCUACACAUGGACGUGGACAAGCAGACUCUCAAGAUGAGCUGGUGGCUUGUCUUCUCACCCUUGUUUGCUGCCGAUGGCCUCAGCACUUACUUCACAGCCAUUGUAUCCAUCCGCCUCUAUCAAGAAGGAGAGAAGCGGCUGGCAGUGCUGCGCUUGCUGUGGGUGCUGACCGUGCUCAGCCUCAAGCUGGUGUGUGAGGUGCUGCUAUGCCAGAAAUUGGCCGAACAGGACCAGGCAAGUGAUUUGUGGUUUGGCCUUAUCGUUUCCCCACUUUUCAUCCUUCUGCAGCUGCUCAUGAUUCGUGCUUGUCGUGUCAAUUAAAGGACAAACCAUCUGCACACAUGCCAGUGGACUUAUGUGAAUGAAAUGGACUCCUGCAGGUGUCAUUCACACCAGGAGUGAAUCGUUGUGAACUGCAAAAUCAUUGUACAAUUCUUUUUUUUUUUUUUUUUUCUUUUUUUUCAAAUGGUUCAUGUGAACAUGGCAUCAUAAACAGUGCUUACAAUAAUGUGCUUUAAGUGCUUUGAGAUAUUUGGUCUUGAUUUUUUCUGAAUACUGUCAAUGUUGCAUUAUCUGUGUUAUUACCUUUUAUUGUUAUUUGUACAGUUGUAAAUAAACCAUCAACAUUCAA